AUGUUUCCUCAAUGCUUUUGCGCACUUCUCCUCGCGGUCGCCUCGCUGACCUCCGCCGCAGUCAUACGUCCUUUUGCUGGAAAUUCUGCCUACUGGGCUGAUGUCACAAAGUCACAUGGCGGCAAGGUUUGGGAAUUUUCUGUCCACUCCCACGGCUUCAGGAAAUUCGAUAAGGAUGGUGAUCGGAUGGUUCUCAACUACCUCGAGAUCGAUACCACAAAUAAGCGCCUGACCGUGUUCAACGCCCAGAAUGCAUUCGAUCUCACUAAGCCGCGUCUGAAGAUGCGCGAGAUUCUGAGGGAGUGCUGGACUAUGACAGGUCUCGAAACCAACACGGCGAAGGAAAUCAAGGGCUCAAUGGUUCAGAACGACAACAUGAAAAAGGCUCUUGCGGAUUGCCGCAAGACCAUGAAGUUGGGCGCUGUGGCCCCUUUCGCCGUAUCAGCUGCGGAUACAAACGUCGCCCAGAAGGCUUGCUGGACCAGGAUCGGAAAGACCAUCUUUGUUGCCUCUAUCAAGGGCGCCAUUGCGAAUUUCGGCAUCAAUAAAAGGCUUCUCAAAGUAGAAGUAGAGCACUCAUGGCAAGGUGAUAAUAUUCUCUUCAUUUUGUCUGUCUGA